AUCAAAGCUGAGAUAGUCGAGAAGAACAACUUGAAGCCUCUUUCGGAUGGUGAAAUUGUUUUGGUUACAAAUGAGGAUGAGCAGGCGCCACCUAGACGAUAUGGUCCGUGGAUCCGGCAGCCCAUCUUCGCAUUUCCAGGUAAUACGAUUUGCAAUCGAUGGAACUCUGGUGUAUCAUGUGCUAAUUGCGAUAGGUUCUGUAAGCAGGCAUACCCCUGGCCUAAUGCUUAUGGUCGUUGCGAGGGAUUCAUAUCUAAGACGUGCCAUUGUUAUUAUGACUGUCCUUACUGAGCCUUGCUCUAAUAUCCGGUCGGGGAAAUCUCGAGCACCAAAGAAGGACAAAGUUCCACCACCAUCUUCUAAACCCGCCAAAUCAGGUGGCGGCAAGCAGAAAAAGAAGAAGUGGAGCAAAGGAAAGCAAAAGGAGAAGGUGAACAACAUGGUUCUGUUUGAUCAAGCAACUUAUGACAAGCUUAUAUCUGAAGCUCCCAAGUUCAAAUUGAUCACUCCUUCUAUUCUCUCUGACCGUCUUCGGAUCAAUGGGUCGCUUGCAAGGAAGGCAAUAAGAGAUCUGAUGGUGAAAGGAACAAUAAAGAUGGUCUCUACUCACUCAAGCCAGCAGAUUUACACUAGAGCUACUCACAACUAAGUUUCCUUUCAUUGUGUUCUCUAGUCUUACUUGACUCAAAUGUUUAAAUGUUGAUCCUUUUCCCUUGAAUCAAGAUUUUUGUCCCAC